UGAUACAACCAAUAAACGUGUCGAUACAAAGAGUGUGAUUGCGUUUGUAAAGAAGUGGGUUUAAUGUUUCACAGUUAUUAACAAAUAACUAAGGCAGUCAGGUUUGUGUUUUUCAUGUGGAUAUAGAGUAUAGCAACUGCUUGUGAGAGAUGUCUGUCGGACACAGGAAAGGAAGCGCUAUAUUCUCUGGCUUUAGAGCUUUGGGGCUCUACUCCAACCACCUGCCUCAUGUGGUUCGCUAUCACAAGAGGCACCGUGAAUUCUAUGUGGUCACUGCUGUCGGAAAAUGCUUCCAUACUUACAACGUAAAGAAGCUUGGGAUUGUUGCAGUCAGCAAUGCACUUUCUGGGGACAUCACUUGCCUGACAGCUGAUAGGAUGCUGGUCUUCGUUGCUCAUGGAACAAUUGUGAUGGCAUUUGCCAGAAGCAAAGAGGUGGUACACAUUUACAAAGGCCACAAUGCAGAAGUUCAUCUAUUGCAGCCAUUUGGGGACCAUGUGAUUUCAGUGGACAGAGAUAAUGUUGUCGUUAUCUGGGAUGUACAGUCUGAAGAGGAGUACCUGCAGUUAAACUUUGAUAAGAUGGUGUUUGCAGUCUCUGCCAUAAUGCAUCCAAGCACGUAUCUCAAUAAAAUUCUGUUAGGAAGCGAGCAGGGGGGUCUUCAGCUGUGGAAUGUCAAAUCAAACAAACUUUUAUACACAUUCUCAGGCUGGGGUUCAGGAGUGACAGUACUUCAACAGGCUCCAGCAGUGGAUGUAGUCGCAGUAGGACUUGCAUCGGGGCAGAUUGUCAUUCACAACAUAAAGUGUGACGAGUCGUUAAUGAAGUUUCAGCAAGACUGGGGCCCAAUUACAGCAAUAUCCUUCCGCACAGAUGGUCAUCCAGUAAUGGCUGCUGGGAGCCCUGUUGGACACAUUGGACUGUGGGACUUGGAUGAUAAGAAACUAAUCAGCCAGAUGAGAAAUGCUCAUGCAACAGCCAUCGCAGGGAUGACGUUUGUCCAUGGGGAGCCACUUCUGAUUACAAAUGGUGCUGAUAAUGCCAUACGGGUGUGGGUAUUUGAUGCCCCGGGAGGUGGUGGCCGCUUGUUGAGAAGCCGCAUGGGACACAGUGCUCCUCCUACCAAAAUACAGCACCAUGGGCAAAACGGGCAAAACGUUCUCAGUGCUGGUCAAGAUGGAACGUUACAGUCGUUUUCUACUGUUCAUGAACGGUUCAAUAAGAGCUUGGGGCGUGGUUCCAUUAACAAAAAGAAAUCGAAGAAGAAAGGACUUCAGUAUGAUACCAUGAAACUCCCUCCCAUUACUGCGUUUGCUUCAGAAACGGCACGCCAGAGUGAUUGGGAUGGUAUCGUUGCCUGCCACCGAGGCUAUCUUAUUGCAACAACGUGGAAUUACCAGAAGACAUCCAUGGGGGCAUACAAACUGGAGCCAGAACGAUUCCACAAAGAUCGGGGAUUGAAUGUGCACGCCACGGCUGUGGCUAUAACAUCUUGUGGCAACUUUGGUGUGGUAGCACUUUCAACAGGACACAUCGAUGUCUAUAACAUGCAGUCAGGCAUGCAUAGAGGUCAAUAUGGCAAAGAGAAAGCCCAUGAAGGUCCUGUUCGAGGGGUUGCUGUAGAUGGGCUAAACCAGCUGACUAUCAGUGCUGGUGCAGACAGACUCAUCAAGUUUUGGAAGUUCAAGUCUAAGGAAUUGGUUCACACUGCUACACUGAGUUCCUCUCCAGCCUCCAUACUUUUACAUCGAGACAGUGGAAUGUUGGCCAUUUCUCUGGAUGACUUCAGUAUUAAUAUUAUGGACAUUGAAACAAGAAAGAUAGUUAGAAAGUUUUCAGGACAUCGCGGACAAAUCAAUGAUAUGGCCUUUAGUCCGGACAGUCGAUGGUUAGUAACUGCCUCAAUGGACUGCGCUAUUAGGACAUGGGAUCUUCCAUCUGGCUGCCUUGUAGACUGCUUUUUGUUAGAUUCAGCAGCAGUGAGCAUCACAAUGUCACCUACUGGAGAUUUCCUGGUCUCAUCGCACGUGGACGAUCUGGGAAUUUAUCUCUGGUCCAACAACACGCUGUUUAAUCUGGUUUCCCUGCGCCCCUUGCCUUCUGAUUAUGAGCCCCCAGUGGUGACGCUUCCUGGAACUUGUCCUGCAGAAGAUUUGGACAGCCCCGAAGAUGACGAGGAGCCCAGUGAUGAGAUGAUCGAAUAUGAAUCCCCAGAGCAGCUGGGAGAGCAGUUGGUGACACUGUCUUUACUGCCAGACUCAAGAUGGAAAAACCUCCUCAAUUUGGAUGUCAUCAAGAAAAGAAACAAGCCCAAGGAGCCCCCAAAGGUGCCUAAAUCUGCCCCGUUCUUCAUUCCUACCCUGCCUGGUCUCGUUCCCCGCUUUGCUGUGUCCGAGGGUCAGAAUGCUGAAGAGCAGUCAAAAAUUGUAAAUCUUGGAAUACUGGCACAGAAAUCUGAUUUCUACAUGCAACUCGAGGAUGCCUUAGUCAGCAACAACUAUUCCUCUACAGUGAGGCUCUUAAAGGAGAUGGGACCCUCCCGCAUUGAAACGGAGUUGCGAAGUCUAGCCCCUGAAGGUGGUGGCUCCCUGGAUGUGAUGCAGAGCUUCCUCAGAAUGAUUGGCUACAUUCUGGACUCCAAACGUGAUUUUGACCUGGCCCAAGCCUACCUUGCUUUGUUUCUAAAGCUGCACCUUAAAUUGAUUUCCCAAGAAUCAACACUGAUGGACGAAGCAUCCAAAGUGUUGGGGCCACUGGAAGAAACCUGGACGCACAUGCAGAUGCUUUUCAGCCAGAGCCUGUGUCUGUUGGGAUACAUGAAAAGUGCUUUGCUGUGAUCCUUUUUUUUUUUUUUUUUAAAUCACAGCUCCCUUUUUAAUUUUUUUAUAUAGGUUUUCAUAGGUUAGAAAAAAGAGCAGUAAACAACAUGCAUUGGAUUAUCCCUUGAUGAUAUUUACAGGAACACCUCCUGUCAGUUGUAUCCGCUUGCUGUAGCUAUGUGCUAUACCACCAGCUGCUAAAAAUAUUUGAACCAGUUUUACUGCAGCACUGUUCAUUAAGUGUCUGUAUUCAAUGUGGCAGUUUUAGUUAGUUAAUGACGGAUCGUUCUGAACAGAUUCACCAUGGCCUCUUUAGACUCCUCUGUGCCAUAGCAUUGCAUGCUUUUCUGUUGGUUUCCUGUACAAGAAAGCACAUAUUAAGUGAGAUAAUGUACAGUAACUGGGGAGCAACACAAUUGCAUAUGAUUCAAAUAACAUUUAAAAUCAGUUAAUGACGGAGACCAAAAGGUAAACAAGAAAAGUCAGUCUAUAUGACUGAUUUUAGGUGUCUUGUUGUUAUUAUAUAUGUCCACACACAUGAAUCAUUUGACGCAUUUUAUUUGCUGCAUUAUUAAAGUGAGUGGGUGGGCUGUUGGCUCCAGUGACAGCAGAGUGGGAUGGAGAAAGGGAUGAUCACCUUUUUAGCAAGCUGUGCAUCACAAAAAUCUUUUUGCUGCUGUUUUUUAUUCUGUAUAUUACAGAAAGUUAUUCUUAUAUUGGGUAAUAAACUAUGCAUUUUCUGUA